AUGAAGUGUUUUAGUCUCGUCCUCGGCGUUCUCGCAACACUUGCGGCUGCACAAACAACAUCCCCGUACACCGAUACCAAAUCAGGCAUCACAUUCAACACCCUCCAGCACACAAACGGCACAUACGUCAACAGCACGCACUGGACCUACACAUUCCUCUGCUCCAAGUGCAUUCAAACCGACGGCACGACGUUCAAGCCAACUGAUGCAGCACCAAGUCUCGGAUUCGCGUUCAAUCCGACAGCGCCGGUCCAAAAGACGAAUCCCGCUUCUAGUGUAUCGAAGCAUACGGCGCAGGGGCAAGCGGUAUUUGACCUAAGCAGAGCUAAGAGCGCGAACUUCGAGGUCUGGAAGGCCUACGCUGUGCCGAAAGUCGCUACGGGCUUUGCGGGCUAG